AUCGAAAAAUCUCCCGUCAAGUGAACGAUGAUGAUGUUGGGUUUUAUCUCGUUCUCUCAUGUAGAUAGGAAACUCCGUUUCUUCCAACCUCAUCGUCGUUGUUGCACUACCUCACACCCAAAAAGUGGUUUUUCAAUAACUCACCUUCGUAUCAACUUGCACAUGUCACAACUCCAAGCCUUGUUAUUUGACUGCGAUGGAGUGUUGGCUGAAACAGAAAGGGAUGGACAUCGAGUUGCUUUCAAUAGAGCAUUCGAAUAUUUUGACCUGAACACUUAUUGGGAUGUAGAAACUUAUGGACGUCUGUUACAAAUAGGUGGUGGGAAGGAGAGAAUGGUUACUUAUUGGAGAGAACACGGAUGGCCAACAAAGUUACUUUCUGGGAACCAACCAGCUGUCUCAUCAUCGACCACCAAUGAUGACCUUGUUACUCAACAGUUGAAUAUUGCAAAGAAAAUACACGAAAAGAAGACAGAGUUGUUUAUGGAAAUGGUACGAAAUGGUGAAAUAUCGUUGAGGCCCGGGAUUCUCCGAUGGAUAAAGACAGCUUUCGAGAAGCAGUUACAAGUCGCCAUUUGUUCCACUUCCAACGAAAAAGCGGUACAAGGAUUGGUCGUUCACUUGUUUCCAGACUAUAUUGCUACAAGGAUCCCUAUCUUUGCAGGUGACCAAGUAAAAGAGAAAAAACCUGCGCCGGAUAUCUAUGAAUUGGCUGUAAUGAAACUAGGAUUGAAUAAAAAACAAUGUUUAGUGAUAGAAGAUAGCAAUGUGGGAUUGAGGGCUGCCAAAGCUGCUGGAUUACCUUGUGUUAUAACCAAAAGUUAUUACACUCAUCAAGAGGACUUUUCUAUGGCGGAUGCUGUAUACAAUAGUGCAGAAGAGUGGAGUUGGGAUAGUUUAGAGAAACUACUUUUGUUAGCAAAUCAUAAAUGAGAAAUGUUGAGCUCUGCUUUUGGGGAAAUAGCCACAGUC